CUGUAACAAUAAUAAGAAAGACAAUUAUUACACCAACCUUCCUUAGUUUAUUCGUGUAAUAAUUUUAUUCUAGAUCAUGUAAUAAUAAUACGAAAAAUUACCGUUUUAUCAUUUUACAGCUGUACUUAACGCAAAAAAGGAAAUUCUGAAACGAAAAAGAAAACAAUGAACACGAUAAAUGUUUAUAAAAAUGACAAAUUAAAUAUUUAAUUAAAAAUGGAAAUACCUACGAAAAAAAGGAAAUAUGGAAACUUUUACGAAAAUUAAAAAAAAGGAAAUUUAGCUCUUAACUUUUAUCUAUAUAACACAACCUAACAGUACGCGCUUAUCUCAUAAUACUUUCUGUAAUCAUCUCUGUGAAUUGCUAUUGUUACUUCUGUUCAUCUCUAUAAAUUUCUAAGUGAUCUUUGUGUGUUCUAAUAAGAUGAAAUUUCGCGCCAUAUUUUCGAGUAAACGUCUCCGUCAAGGAAUCUCAACGGUUUACCCUGCGAUGACGACGUUCCUACCACGACCCUCCUCCUCUUCGAUGAUGAUCAAAUCUCAAUCAGAAGAAAACCUAAGCAAACUAAGCGACUGUAUGGACAACAUGGACGACGACGUCUCGAAGAUGUUCAUGGAGUGCCAUCAAACCGACUUCCGCAAAGACCCCGAGAUGCUUCGUCUUCUCAGCGAUUAUUUCACCACUAGCAAAUCAGUCACCGAGCUCUGCGAGUCUCUGCGUAAGUGCUUGGAGAGAGCCGAACGCGACGAGUGCUUCUUGAUCGACGAGACGUUGCGUGAUUUCCACGAGGAGAAGAACGGUUACGGCGAUUUGAUAGAAGCUAGCUUCAGAAAAACAUUCCAAGAUCUCAGUAAGUUCAGCAACCACGGUGACGAUGUUUUCUCCGGGGAGUUUCUCAAGAAGCUUGAGAUCUGUCAUCGAGACUUAGGUACGAUGAUUGUUAAACUAGAGUCUACGAUGAAGGACAUCGACAAGAAGCUGAGACGUUUACGUGGAGGAAGAGCGGUUGUUGCGGCGGCGAUGAUUGCUCUAGUGGCCGUGGGAAAAAUCGUGGCGGGUAUCUUUGUACCUGUUCCGGUUGAAGCAGUGACUAACUUUGCUGCUUCGAGGUGGAGAGAGUCGUCGGAAACUCUGAAACGGGAGAAGACAGCAGUGACGUCGAUGGAGAGAGAAACGAUGGUGGCUCUCAAGGAGGUUGAGAAGAUGAGCAGACUUGUGAGUAGGUUGGAGGCGGUGGAGAGAUCCAUUAGACAAACGGUGGACAUCGCCGUUAAUAAACGGUCGUCGGUGGCGUUUGCUAUGGGAGGGAUGGAGGAGGAACUGAAGAAGUUGAAGUCAACGCUCGUUGACCUAGACAGAGAGACCGGAAGGUGCGAUGGGUUUGUGCAGUUUGGACGUACAUUGACUAGAGACAGGAUCUUUGAGUUUCUGUCUUGCGGUCAGAAACGGUCAUAACACCUUUGUUGAAUUCUAACUUUUUUGUAGAUAUACAAACAUAUGAUAAAAUCCUUAUUGCGUUUUGUAAAGUAGUUAGCUCAUCAUGAUUUUAGUAAUAAAAUGUAACUAAAUCAACAUAUGAUAAAAAUUAUUUUAUCUUCCUAAUCCAUUUCUCUUUAAUGUUUCAAUCCUAAGUCAUAACUUUGCAUGAAACAAACAUUAACACAUUGUAGUUAUGGAUAAAGCUUUUGAUGUGAAAGAGUUACACAAAAUAUAAAUAAAGAACAUAACUAUGACAGAAAGAACAAAGCAAAACACUUUUGUAACCCUAUAUAAUAUAAAAGAUAAACGUAUAUAAGCUAAAGAAUGCCCUGAAUGACUGAACACAUAUCGAUUUGAGGUUACCUCUUCAUCGAUAUCUUUCUUUAAAGACCAAAAUU